UUAAAAUCUAGAACAUAACAUAGAAAGUAUACAUACAAAUCAAUUUGAAUACAAUUAGAACAUUUGAGUUACUUGAGACGUGCCUUUACAUUGUACAUGAGGUUUUCGAGUAUUUUGCGAGCAAUGGCGCCUGUAGUGAAACAAUACGAUUACCUGGUUAUUGGGGGAGGGUCUGGCGGCCUGGCGAGUGCUCGGCGAGCGGCUGAGUUUGGGGUUCGAGCCGCUGUCAUCGAAAAAGGGAGAUGGGGCGGAACAUGCGUGAAUGUUGGCUGCGUCCCAAAGAAAAUUAUGUUCAACACUGCGAUGCACGCCGAGUUUAUCCACGACCACAAGGACUAUGGCUUCGAUGUCGAGAUGAAAAGCUUCAACUGGGGCCAAAUAAAGGAGAAGAGAGAUGCAUACAUUCGAAGACUGAACGGAAUAUACGAGUCAAAUCUGAACAAGUCUGUCGUAGAUCAGAUCAUCGGUCACGCCCAGUUCACGGAGGAUGGAAAUGUCGAGGUGAAUGGACAGAAGUACUCAGCACCUCACAUCCUCGUGGCCACCGGCGGCCGUCCCGUCAUGGCGGAAAUACCAGGAAAAGAACAUGCUAUAACCAGUGACGGCUUCUUUGAGCUGGAAGAUCUGCCAAAGAAAGUAGUUGUUGUCGGCGCUGGCUACAUCGCCGUGGAGUUGGCUGGAAUCUUUAACGCCCUGGGUGCCGACACCUCCAUAUGUAUUCGCUAUGACCAGGUGUUGCGGACAUUCGAUGAGAUGCUGAGCUCCAAGGUCACGGAGGAGAUCGAGAAGGCGGGCCUCAAGAUUUGCAGGAAAACUCAGGUGACCAAGGCAACUAAGGAAGCAGACGGCACUUUGACCCUUGACCUGAACACCGGAAGUAAGAUCACGGAUGUCAACUGCCUGCUUUGGGCCAUCGGAAGAGUGCCGAACUCGGACAAAAUUGGCCUGGAUAAAGUUGGCGUGAAGAUGGACAGUAGGGGUAACGUCGUAGUUGACGAGUACCAGAACACUUCCCGGCCAGGAGUGUACGCCCUGGGAGACGUGUGUGGACGGGCCCUUCUUACACCGGUGGCCAUUGCGGCUGGCCGGCGUCUCGCACACCGUCUGUUUGACAACAAGAAAGACCUGAAACUCGACUACAACAAUAUCCCUACCGUAGUGUUCUCACACCCGCCCAUUGGUACCAUUGGAAUGACACAAGCGGAGGCUGAGAAAGAGUACGGAGCAGACAAGAUCAAGGUGUAUAGGUCUACAUUUACACCCAUGUACUACGCCAUGACGGAGACUAAGGUCAUGUGCUCAAUGAAACUCAUCUGUCUACUGCCUGACGAAAAGGUAAUCGGCCUGCACAUGCUUGGUCAGGGCUGUGACGAGAUGCUUCAGGGUUUCUCCGUCGCCAUCAAGAUGGGUGCCACCAAGGCGCAGUUUGACGAAACCGUCGCCAUCCACCCGACAUCCAGCGAGGAGCUCGUCACGAUGAGAUAGAUCGUAUCAAAGCUGAACAAUGCUGUCUCUUUGUAUAUCCAGUCCUAUACCCCCACUUUGUUGUAAACAUUCCCACUCUUUGUCUAAAAAAAGUAUGAUUUAUGGAUAUCGGUACAUCAACCGAUGCGAGCACGCAAUUUAUGAUUGGCGCAAAGCGGACAAACUGACAUGGGUGCCUAAGAAAUUAAUAUUAAAAAGGCCAAAGCCAUAAAACAAAUUUCUGUUGUUAUUUAAGGACUUAUGGUCACAUUUUCACAACGUAAUAAUUUGAAUGAAACUGUUGUUUGACAUACACAUUUUUUGCAUCAACGUGUAAAAUGGUCGGUAGGUUGAUUGCAAAGGACAUUUGUUGUUUGAUCAAAAUGGAUUUUUCUGUGAUUACCCUGAAAACUGGUAAACCUAAACACUUUUAUUUGAAGUUUUUAAUGUAGAUUUAUAUUAGUUUUUGCUUUUGCAUUGUUAUAUUAAAUGUGAACUCAGGAAUUUGUCUCCCAUUCACGUUUUAUGUGAAAAUAUAUUAACUAAACUUGGGGUUUGUUUUUGAAAACUUCUGGAAAAUUCUGUUUGGUUAAUCUGACUGGAUGGCAAUAAGUUGAGAGUAUUAUCAGAAGAAAUGAUUCCGAACGCUUCAUCCAAUGGAUCUACUUGUUCAUGUUUAUGCUUUUACAAAACAUUUGGCCGCUUGACCAGAACUUUGUUAAAGUUAACAAAGUGACUAACGACCUCCUUGUUGAACUAAAUAUUGAUGAGACGUUCACAUAUUGAAAUAUGAAGUACAAUCUGAAACAGUUGUUUCAAACUUGUUAAAAAUACAGCAAAUCACAAAUGUAUCCAUUACACGCCCAGACCAGUAAUUAUUUGAAAGUUAACAACGAUGACGUUAACAACGUUGUUAACUUUAACAAAGUUCUGAACACAUCGGCCCAAUUGUGUUCUAUUUAAGACCAUAGAAGAGUUAUUCUUGGAGUUCAAAAUGAAUGGAUUCCAAUCGAAUACAAAUGUAAAUACAGCAUUCUCGCUACAUCUGUUCUUGUUCAACAGCCUCUGUUGGUUUGAAACUUGAAAUAUUACGCUAUCAUUUCAAGUUUACAUGGCUUAAUUCUUUAUGCUAAAAUCUUAGCUUUGUGGUGUUUAUAUAGUUUCAUUUUUGUAGCAAAUACACCAAUUGUUAUUUAAUAUUAUAUUGGAAUGUUUCUGUACUGAUCUGCUAUACAAUUUUUCUGCUGUGUUUUAUACAAAAUAAUACUUGUAUUUAUCCAGAGUUGUUGUUGUUCUGUAUUUGUCUUCAUAUCAUAGUAGGUAUAUUAAAUUAUUAUAAAUCAACCCAGUUUUCG